AUGCGUGCAAGUUCCAUUGAUAUUCAUCCGAAUGCAACAUGGUCACAGAAUGGUCUCACUGUUGCUGGAGGAAAUGGCAUUGGGAGUGAAACCAAUCAACUCUAUUUCCCUUGGGGUUUGUACGUCGACGAUGAUCAAACGAUUUAUGUCGCUGAUUGCUGGAAUCACCGUAUUGUGGAAUGGAAAUCUGGUGCAACGAAUGGGAAAGUAGUUGCUGGUGGAAAUGAACAAGGAAAUGGAGCUCAUCAAUUAUGCUACCCAUAUGAUGUGAUUAUCGACAAAGAGAGCGAUAGUCUCAUCAUCUCCGAUUAUGAGAAUAACAGAGUAGUUCGAUGGCCUCGUCAAAAUGGUAUUCGUGGAGAAACAAUUAUUUCGAAUAUCUCCUGCUUCAGUUUGACAAUGGACGAAAAUGGUUUUCUCUAUGUCGUUGACGACAGAAAACAUGAAGUGAGACGAUAUAAAAUUGGUGAUACUCAAGGAACAGUGGUUGCAGGUGGCAAUGGAAAAGGAAAUCGUCUCGAUCAACUCUACGACCCCCGCUACGUAUUUGUCGAUCGAGAUAAUUCAGUUUAUGUGUCUGAUCUCGGAAAUGAUCGUGUUAUGAAAUGGGAAGCAGAUGCAACACAAGGCAUUAUCGUAGCCGGUGGCCAUGGACAAGGAAAUAGUCUUACACAAUUGGAUCGUCCUAAUGGAGUCGUUGUCGAUCAAUUGGGUACUGUCUAUGCGACUGAUUAUUGGAAUCAUCGGAUCAUGCGUUGGCCAAAAGGAGCCACACAAGGAACUGUCAUUAAUGGUGGAAACGGUGAAGGAUCACAGUCGAAUCAACUCAAUGGUCCCGUAGGUUUAUCAUUCGAUCGACAUGGUAAUCUCUAUGUCGCCGAUUACGAAAAUCAUCGAGUACAAAAAUUUGAAAUCGCAUUAACUCAAUACGAUGAUUAA